AUGGAGCGUUCCUCGGAUCGAAGCUUGGAUGACAUCGCCCCCCUCCUCAAGGAUAGUAAUAUGAGGACUUUGAGGACGCUUCCAGCAGAUGAGAUUGUGAAAUUGAAAGACCACAUCGUCCCACUCCUGAAGGAUACAAAUUCUUGGUCUGUUCGCGAAAGUGCCUGCGAGACUUUGGGGAAGCUUCCAGCAGAUGAGAUUGUGAAAUUGAAAGACCACAUCGUCCCACUCCUGAAGGAUGAAGAUUGGCAUGUUCGCUCAAAGGCCUGCGAGACUUUGGGGAAGCUUCCAGCAGAUGAGAUUGUGAAAUUGAAAGACCACAUCGUCCCACUCCUGAAGGAGACAUAUUGUUCUGUUCGCUCAAGUGCCUGCGAGACUUUGGGGAAGCUUCCAGCAGAUGAGAUUAUGAAAUUGAAAGACCACAUCGUCCCACUCCUGAAGGAUACAAAUUCUUGGCGCUUCAGUGCCUGCGAGACUUUGGGGAAGCUUCCAGCAGAUGAGAUUGUGAAAUUGAAAGACCACAUCGUCCCACUCCUGAAGGAUGGAGAUUUUGUGUCUAUUCGCUCAAGUGCCUGCGAGACUUUGGGGAAGCUUCCAGCAGAUGAGAUUGUGAAAUUGAAAGACCACAUCGUCCCACUCCUGAAGGAUACAGAUUGGUCUGUUCGCAAAAGUGCCUGCGAGACUUUUGGGAAGCUUCCAGCAGAUGAGAUUGUGAAAUUGAAAGACCACAUCGUCCCACUCCUGAAGGAUACAGAUUGUUCUGUUCGCUCAAGUGCCUGCGAGACUUUGGGGAAGUUUCCAGCAGAUGAGAUUGUGAAAUUGAAAGGCCACAUUGUCCCCCUCCUGAAGGAUACAGAUAGGUUUGUUCGCGAAUGUGCCUGUGUGUUUUUGGAGAAGUUUUCAGCAGAUGAGAUUGUGAAAUUGAAAGACCACAUCGUCCCACUCCUGAAGGAAAGAGAUAGGUCUGUUCGCAAAAGUGCUUGCGAGACUUUGGGGAAGCUUCCAGCAGAUGAGAUUGUGAAAUUGAAAGACCACAUCGUCCCACUCCUGAAGGAUACAGAUAGCGAUGUUCGCAGAAGUGCCUGGGUGACUUUGGAGAAGCUUCCAGCAGAUGAGAUUGUGAAAUUGAAAGACCACAUCGUCCCCCUCCUGAAGGAUACAGAUUUGCAUGUUCGCAAAAGUGCCUGGGUGACUUUGGAGAAGCUUCCAGCAGAUAAGAUUGUGAAAUUGAAAGACCACAUCGUCCCACUCCUGAAGGAUACAGAUUGGCCUGUUCGCAAAAAUGCCUGCGAGUCUCUGAGGACGCUUCCAGCAGAUGAGAUUGUGAAAUUGAAAGACCACAUCGUCCCACUCCUGAGGGAUGCAGAUUGGCCUGUUCGCACAAGUGCCUGCGAGACUUUGGGGAAGCUUCCAGCAGAUGAGAUUGUGAAAUUGAAAGACCACAUCGUCCCCCUCCUGGAGGAUUUCCUGCCGAGUGUUCGCUCAAGGAUGCAGAUUGGCCUGUUCGCACAAGUGCCUGCGAGACUUUGGGGAAGCUUCCAGCAGAUGAAGCUUCCAGCAGAUGAGCUGGUGGAAUUGAAAGACCACAGCGUCCCACUCUUGAAGGAUACAAAUUCUUGGUCUGUUCGCGAAAGUGCCUGCGAGACUUUGGGGAAGCUUCCAGCAGAUGAGAUUGUGAAAUUGAAAGACCACAUCGUCCCACUCCUGAAGGAUGGAGAUUUUGUGUCUAUUCGCUCAAGUGCCUGCGAGACUUUGGGGAAGCUUCCAGCAGAUGAGAUUGUGAAAUUGAAAGACCACAUCGUCCCACUCCUGAAGGAUACAGAUUGGUCUGUUCGCAAAAGUGCCUGCGAGACUUUUGGGAAGCUUCCAGCAGAUGAGCUGGUGAAAUUGAAAGACCACAUCGUCCCACUCCUGAAGGAUACAGAUUGUUCUGUUCGCUCAAGUGCCUGCGAGACUUUGGGGAAGUUUCCAGCAGAUGAGAUUGUGAAAUUGAAAGGCCACAUUGUCCCCCUCCUGAAGGAUACAGAUAGGUUUGUUCGCGAAUGUGCCUGUGUGUUUUUGGAGAAGUUUUCAGCAGAUGAGAUUGUGAAAUUGAAAGACCACAUCGUCCCACUCCUGAAGGAAAGAGAUAGGUCUGUUCGCAAAAGUGCUUGCGAGACUUUGGGGAAGCUUCCAGCAGAUGAGAUUGUGAAAUUGAAAGACCACAUCGUCCCACUCCUGAAGGAUACAGAUAGCGAUGUUCGCAGAAGUGCCUGGGUGACUUUGGAGAAGCUUCCAGCAGAUGAGAUUGUGAAAUUGAAAGACCACAUCGUCCCCCUCCUGAAGGAUACAGAUUUGCAUGUUCGCAAAAGUGCCUGGGUGACUUUGGAGAAGCUUCCAGCAGAUAAGAUUGUGAAAUUGAAAGACCACAUCGUCCCACUCCUGAAGGAUACAGAUUGGCCUGUUCGCAAAAAUGCCUGCGAGUCUCUGAGGACGCUUCCAGCAGAUGAGAUUGUGAAAUUGAAAGACCACAUCGUCCCACUCCUGAGGGAUGCAGAUUGGCCUGUUCGCACAAGUGCCUGCGAGACUUUGGGGAAGCUUCCAGCAGAUGAGAUUGUGAAAUUGAAAGACCACAUCGUCCCCCUCCUGGAGGAUUUCCUGCCGAGUGUUCGCUCAAGUGCCUGCACGAUUUUGGUGAAGCUUCCAGCAGAUGAGCUGGUGAAAUUGAAAGACCACAUCGUCCCACUCCUGAGGGAUGCAGAUUGGCCUGUUCGCACAAGUGCCUGCGAGACUUUGGGGAAGCUUCCAGCAGAUGAGAUUGUGAAAUUGAAAGACCACAUCGUCCCCCUCCUGGAGGAUUUCCUGCCGAGUGUUCGCUCAAGUGCCUGCAAGAUUUUGGUGAAGCUUCCAGCAGAUGAGAUUGUGAAAUUGAAAGACCACAUCGUCCCACUCCUGAAGGAUGGAGAUUUUGUGUCUAUUCGCUCAAGUGCCUGCGAGACUUUGGGGAAGCUUCCAGCAGAUGAGAUUGUGAAAUUGAAAGACCACUUUGUCCCACUCCUGAACGAUACCAGCGAGGAUGUUCGCUCAAAUGCCUGUGUGACUUUGGGGAAGCUUCCAGCAGAUGAGAUUGUGAAAUUGAAAGACCACUUUGUCCCACUCCUGAACGAUACCAGCGAGGAUGUUCGCUCAAAUGCCUGUGUGACUUUGGGGAAGCUUCCAGCAGAUGAGCUGGCGAAACUUAUCGUCCCCCUCCUGCUCCGGAAGGAGGUUCGCAAAGGAGCCUUUGCGCUCUUUGGCCAGCUGGAAGUGACGAAGGAUUUGAUCUCUCUUGUCGAGAAGUUGCGCCCAGCUUUUCUACUUCAUUUUGCCGCAGCAGCCGGGGAUUGGCCGGCAUGUUCGUUGCUGCUUCGCAGUGGCUUUUCCGCUGAAGAAAAGGAUAGUGACGGAAGGACCCCUUCCGAAAUUGCCCGUAGGGAAGGCCAUUUGGAUUUGGCAGAGAGGCUGAAGAGCGACUUUCUCAACACCAAAGGUGGAAGUGGGAUGGCCAUAGCAAGGGCUCUACAGGAUGACAAUCAAAUCGAAACUGUUUCCUGGUACACGAUGCCUUUGUCUGGGUGGGCUCACCAGUUUGGUGGCCAGCACAGUUUGCUUGUGGUGAAAGUGAAAGAUUUUGCUUAUGCAAUUGAAAGAGCUCGUUCUGUUCAAUAUGAUUUGGUCAGCCAGAAACUGGAGAUUAAGCAAGCCACUAAGAAGGGUCUCUUCGUAUCCGAUUGGGAAGAGGUACGAACAGUGCCCCACUUGGUCCUACUUGAAAAAGUGGCACCACUAAAGGGCUCUGACGUGAAACGCAGCAUAUCCCCCAAGAGUUUGGUGACAUACUUGUUCAGCCUUGAUGGGUACGAUGUUGGAAGGAACAACUGCCACCACACUGCCAUGGAAGCUUUCAACUUUUGCACAGAUCGCCUGCAGCUCACGUCCUUGCCGAUCAAUUUGUGGCAAAGCUUUUUUGCAAAGGGUUUUCAGUUCCUUGGGUCCGAUUUGGCCAAUGGAAGGUCAGCAAGUGGUGCUUGUGCGAGUGAACCAUUGUUCGACGAUGUCAUCCGACACCCACUUAUUACCGGAAGCAAGCCAACAGAGUGGUCAUCCGACGGCCAAAAGAAAGAGUACUUGCAAGAAGUUGGCAGUGGAUCGGCACAGUACCAGAAGGUGAAGGACUUUGUCAUGAAGUUCGGUGGCAAUAAGACUGAGAUUCCAGGUUUUAAGAUUGAGAAGAUCUAUCGAAACGAGAAUUUCGGAUCAUACAAGAAAUACGUUCAGCACCUGGAAGACAAGACUGCCCAGCAUGAGUACUGUUGGCUGUUCCAUGGUCCGGGAGGACAAGCAGGUUUCGACAAAAUCGUGACAGAAGGGAAGGGUUUUGAUGAUGAUUUUCGCAGCAUGACAUUCGCGGCCUAUGGACAGGGCCACCGCUUUGCUCUUGACUUCCGAUUGGCCGAUUUCUUCGCGGAGGGGAGGAGCCAGCACGAGCCGAAGAAGACACGUCGUGUCUUUCUGUGCCGUGUGGCUGCAGGGAAGCCUUUCGAUGCGGAUCGGCUUUUUCCUUACGUUCCAGGUGAUCCCAAAAGCGGCCGAACCGAUGCGGACUGGACCAAGAAGAUGGAAGAGUUCAACAAGAGCAAGCCAGAAGGCCACGACAACAGCUGGUUCGGGGAUGGUCGAGAGCUCAUCGUUGGGAAAGGAGAGAUGGCCUAUGUGGACUACGUCGUAGAGUACACCAGCGCCGAACUUGCUGGGAACCCAUAUUCAGACCCUUUGAUGAAAGAGAUCAGGAAGAUACCUCGCCCCAGCUUUUAAUUUUAAUGUGGCGCCGAAGUCAUUGUUAGGGGCUUCAGGCGCCCACGUAGAACCCAUUCUAAAUAAUUCCAUUUGUAUUUAAACACCCUUCCAAAGUGAAGGGUCUACAGCAAUAGGAUGCAGCUGCAUUGAUGAAAA